AUGGUCGAUAAUUUUGGUACAAUGACUUCAACUGCUUCAAUGCCCGUCCCUUUGGAGCCUGCCAAUUAUGAUGAAGUUUCUAUGGAGCAGAGCAUGCUCUUUUCUGAUAGUCUCAAGGAUUUGAAGAAUCUCCGGAAACAAUUGUAUGCAGCUGCAGAAUAUUUUGAGUUGUCUUAUAGUAAUGAUGACCAAAAACAGAUCGUUGUAAAUUCAUUGAAAGAUUAUGCCAUUAAAGCUCUUGUCAAUACUGUUGACCAUUUGGGCUCUGUAACCUACAAGGUCAAUGAUUUGUUGGAUGAAAAGGUUGAUGAAGUUUCUGGAACUGAGAUCCGGGUUUCUUGCAUUGAGCAGAGACUGCGGACAUGCCAGGAGUACAUUGAUUGUGAAGGCCUUUCUCAGCAGUCACUGAUGAUAAACACUCCCAAGUACCAUAAGCGAUAUAUCUUGCCAGUCGGGGAAACCAUGCACGGUGCUGUUUGCAUCAACUCCAAAUACCAUGGAUGUAGCCUAGAUGAUGAAGAUGACUUGCUUAAAUUUAAGAAUGCUAUUCAAGCGACAGUUAGAGAAACUCCAUCUGCUGUCUGUAAAGUGCACUCUCCGCCGACUUCUUCGAAGUUUGCUCAGCAACCCGGAAACUUUUUACUGUCUGGUAGCAUGGUCAAGAAAGAUUUAGAAAAACGCACAGCAUCACCGCGCCGGUUUCCACUCUUACAUUCAGGAUCCUUUUCUAGUAAGCCAACGACACCAAAAAGUUCACGCUCAAGCACCCCAAAUCGUAGUCGAUCUACCACCCCUAUCCCUUCGCUUGGUAGACAACAGUAUUUUUCAGACCCUCGAAAAUCAGCUUCAAUGCGGGUUCGUGUUGAAAAAGAAAACCCGAAAGACAUCGAACAAUACCCCGGUAAAAGUAAACGGCUUCUCAAGGCUUUGCUAAGUCGACGUAAAUCAAAGAAAGAUGAUAUGUUAUACACUUACUUGGAUGAAUAUUAG